AUGCAGCAGUUCGCGCCCGUUGCCGGUGCAGGUGCCGUCUUGGCCCUGCUCGCCCAGACCGCCGCCGGCGCCACCAUCUCGGCAGCACCCAAAGUCGGAUCCCCCACGUCGGACGCGUACCCUCCAGCCGGCACGACCGUCGACUCUGUGCUCUUCCCGCCCGAGUCGCUGGUCAGCUUUCCCGGCCCUACCCCGACCGGUGUUGAGCCCGCAGCAGCGCAGACCGCACCGCUGUAUCCCUACAACUUGGGGCCUUCCAACCAGUUUCCCCUGGUCGCGCCGCAGCCGCAUGGUGAGGACAAGUCGUCCAAGAUCGACAUCACCAAGUACUGGGGGAAUCUGUCGCCUUGGUAUUCCCUGUCCUCGGCCGACUACGGGUUGCCCGACGCGAGUCCGCUCGCGCCAGAGGGAUGUAGUAUCACCCAGGUGCAACUCUUGUACCGUCAUGGUGCGCGGUAUCCGACUAGCGAUGCAGCACCCGCGCAAUUUGCCGCGAAGCUCGCGAAUGCGACCAAGACCAGAUUCGAGGUGUCAGGCAGCUUGGCCUUCCUUUCUGACUGGACCUACAAGCUGGGCGCCGAGCUCCUGACCCCGUUCGGCAGGAGUCAGGAGUUUCUACUCGGCCUGCAGCACCGCCAGCUCUACGGCCACCUUCUCAACAACUUCACCGCCGCGGGCACCAUCCCCGUCUUCCGGACCGAGUCCCAGGAUCGUAUGGUCAAGACUGCCGAGAACUUCGCCGCCGGCUUCUUUGGCGUUCCGGAAUAUCUGGAUGAGGUGAACAUUGAGAUCCUCGUCGAGGCGGCCGGCGUCAAUAACUCUGGCGCACCAUACGAGGUCUGCACCAACGCGGAUGUUGCUACCCGGGGAAGCAUUGGGAGCACCGUGGCAGCGCUGUUCGCGGAGGAUGCUUUCAACGCCACCCUCGCACGGCUCAACUCGCAGGUCUCGGGCUUAAACUUCACGCCAACUGACGCAGUCGCCAUGUUACAGCUCUGCUCGUAUGAGACGGUCGCGCUGGGCUACUCGGCUUUCUGCGGUCUCUUCAGCGAGGAGGACUUUAAGAACUAUGAGUACACAUAUGACCUGUCAUUCUACUACAACAAUGGCCCAGGUUCUCCCGUCUCGGCAUCCCAGGGCAAAGGUUACCUGCAAGAGUUUGUCGCGCGCUUCACCGGCGAAUACCCGGAGGGGUGGUCGGCCCUCAACACGACCUUUGACAACUCGUCUACCUACUUCCCACUCAACCAGUCCAUAUAUGCGGACGCGACCCACGAGGUUGUCGUCUUGGACACGCUGACGGCCUUUAACCUCUCGGCGCUGUUCGCCGGGCCGCCGCUCAGUGCCUCCGGAAAUCGCAAGCAGAACAACUUCGUCGCGAGCAAGGCCGUGCCUUUCGCCACCCACUUCACAGCCCAGGUGCUCGAGUGCGCUGCGUACACGCCGAGCAAGCAGAUUAGGUUCAUCGUGAAUGAUGCCGUCAUUCCCGUCGCGGACUCAUAUCCUGGCUGUCCCAAGGAUCCGCAUGGGCUCUGCAGCUUCGACAAUGUGGUGUCUGUGUUACAGGAUCGUAUUGAUGAGAUCGAUUUUGACUACGACUGCUUUGCCAACUACACGGCAACGGCGGGCCACGACUAUAAUGGUAGAGCCCCGAGAGAGAACGUAGGGUACCCUGGUUUGUAA